AUGGACCCGCGGUUGCAAUAUUUAGCAUUGCACCUCUACAAUCCACUGCAGCCACUAUUCUUCCGCCCAAUCAGCAAUGUGGCCGCAACCGCGGGUCUCAGACCGGAAAAACCGAAACCGAAGCCGAACUCGAGCAAAUUCCUGGUGGAUCAGCUCCUUUCUUCAUUGAAUUCCGAACGGGAAACACAGCAUCGAGGCUGUGAAAAUGUGAAAGCCGAGAAGGUGGAUGUCGAACCAAUAGAGCCCAAAGAGGGGCUCAAACUGGAGAUGCCAAUCAUGCCAUCAUCAACAUUACCAGCUGUACUACCCUCACCUUCAAGGUUGCCGUCAGCACAAAGAGCCCCGAUCCCUUCUCUAAUGCCCACGGUACUACCAACUGUUGCCAGCCUGGAAUUUGUCAACGGUGGAUAUGGCAUGAAAAACCCGCUAGCCAGAACAUCCCAAAAUGGUGUCGAGGUCUUCGAAUCACGCCCUGGCGAAUUUACAUGCGGCACUUGUGGAAAGAAAUUCUCGAUGCAGCGUCUACUCAAUCGGCAUCUCAAGUGCCACUCAGAGCUGAAGAGAUACCUCUGCACCUUUUGUGGAAAGGGAUUCAACGACACCUUCGAUUUGAAGCGCCACACCCGCACGCAUACAGGUGUCCGCCCCUACAAAUGUGAGUGCUGCGACAAAUCAUUCACCCAACGCUGCUCUCUCGAAUCUCAUCUAAGAAAGGUGCACGGAGUCGAACACCGCUACGGAUACAAGGAACGCAGAAGCAAGGUAUUCGUUUGUGAGGAUUGCGGCUACACGGCUGAACUGUUUGAUUCAUACGUUCAACACCUCACCUCCACGCAUCCCUUCUCCGCGGCUCUCAUCAAGAUUCAGCCACAUGCCCGUAAACCAACGCCAACUUCUCGAUUCUCGCUACUUGGUCUUCCCGUAAAAUCAGAAUCUCCGGUGUCUUCAGAGAUGGAAAACCCAUUUCUCAACGUCGAAAUC